AUGCUUAAAAUUGCCAUGGGUGAAUGAUUUUGUAAAUUGUGACGCCAACUUAAGGAAUUAAUUUCUUUACCAUCCCUUUAUUUCUCGCAAGCAUGACAUUCAAGAGCCUGAUAAUUUGUCCAGCUUUGACUUCCAAAGUUUUGCAAAAAGUAACUUUCAAAAUGGAGAGAUUUUCCAGUUCUCAAGGGUACCACUGAUGUCUUCCCUGCUAAGUACAAACAAUGUGGAAGAUAGAAAGGCGUCCUGUGCGAUUUCUGUCGCCAUACUUCGGUUCAUGAGGGACAUGGGAGAGCCAAAAUUCGAAGAGGAAGACACUGAGAUUUCAGAAACAACAGAGAUUACAAGUCCGAGCAACAAAGCUUAUUCAUCAGGCACCACGUUCAAGAGGAAAGUUGAAUCUCAAAAGGCUCAGACGACCUUUGUGACGUCACACAAUCUUCCAGCGCUAGUCAUGAUGAAUCGCUGCACAACAAACAUCGAGAAAGUACAGUUUAUCGCCAGUUUUGGGAUUCGUAGACCACCCUUGAGGGAUGAAAUAUAUUGCCAAAUUUGCCGUCAGCUUGUAAAAAACGGUUCACAAACAAGUUUUGCACGUGGCUGGAUCCUAUUGGCUCUCUGUGUCGGUGUUUUCCCGCCAUCAGAUAAGCUGCUGAAUUAUCUCACAAACUUUCUGAAGCAGGGUCCUGGUCAAUUUGGGGAUUACUGCCAUAAGAUUCUGCAAAGAACUCUUCAAGUGGGUUUUAGAAAGCAGCCGCCUACAACUGUUGAACUAGAGGCCGUCAAAACACAGUCACCACUCAACCUACCUGUCAUCUUCAUGGAUGGCUCUACCAAAACAUUUGAAGUGGAUCCCGCCAUAACAUGUGCUGAACUGUGUCUGUUAAUUAAAAACAAACUGGGACUCAGGGAUAUCUUUGGAUUUUCCAUUUUUAUUGAAGCUUUAACUCAGGUGAGCAACUGGGGAUGCGGAAAUGAAAGUGUUUUGGACGCCGUCUCUUUAGCUGAACAGUACGCAUGCUCAAAAAAGCUAAGCGAUCCUAAUGAUUGGCACUUGUUUUUACGAAAAGAUUUGUUUGCACCCACGGAUAAUCUCAGCGGUGAUAAGGUGGCCAUUGAUUUAAUCUAUCACCAGAUUGUGGGAGGAAUCCGCGCUGAGGAGUAUAUCUGCGAGCAGCAGCAAAUGAUUAGCAUAAUAGCCAAGCGAUACUACAUUGAGAAUGGCCAUGAAAUCAAAGAAAACUUGCUCCGUCAAGUUGUUCAAGAUUCGUUUCCACCAUACGUGCUGACCACCAUUGCAGAAGAUGACCUGAUAAAAAGCGUCAAGGAUGCUUUUAAUGCGAGCUCCCGUAUUCAAGAAAGAUCUGUUGUUGAAGUGGUUAAAAAGGACAUUGUAAACUAUGCAGCAACUCACUGGUUCAAAGAAUUCUCCAGAAUGUUCGACGGAUUUGUAGCAUCAGGGCCAAACCUUCCGAAGAUAGCUGUUAGACUGGCUUUCAAUUCACAGGGAUUGUUAGUUUUUUCAUCUGAAAACCGUGACGCCUCUCAACUGCUCAGCCUGUCGUAUUCCCAAAUAAAGAAAGCGUCCAGUCUAAGGAAAGGAAUGUAUCUGGACGCUGUUUUGAUGUUGACUACAAGUCGUUCUACUACAUACUCUUUCAGAAGUCUUCAUGCUGAUAAUAUGAAUGACUUGAUCAAUCAUUUCUUGAAAUAUUCCAACGGUUCAAACAUUGCCGGUGUUGAUGACUGACUCACCCGAUCCUUCAUUUUGUGAUCGGUGAACUUUGCUAAUUCUACGUCCUCAUGAACGCGAUAAGAUCGAAAAUUUCUUUUCAACAAGGUUGCGAGGUCUUGGAAUUCUCCAUUAUAGGUAGUACUUCUGUCAGUAAUGGUCAAGACUGUCAUGGGCAUAAAUUCGAAAGUUAGAAGGCAAAAGAUAUUAUUAUACUUACAUCGACAGAGGCCAAAGAAUAUAGUGCUGUUCUGUUGAAAUUACAAUACUAAGUCGCUUGUUAAGUAUGCAAGAACUUUUGAUCUCAAAUGAAAACGUCACACAGACUUUUUCAAAUUUGUUCUGCCCUUGUGCUGCACACAAAAUCACUAAGAACUAAUAGGUCUAAAAGCAAUCUGCUCUACCCUCAUCAGUUUACUUGACCCUCCCCUUUUUUCCGUUUAGCAUCGAAUGUGUUUCCUGAUAUUGGGUCGGUCGGUCGGAUUGAAAAAUAAAACCUAAAAAAAAAUUCACAAGAAGUCUCUGAAUAGGAGGCCCGGUACCCCAGCAUUAUUGCUGUGGAGCCUGGAAACAACAAGACAUGAACCCAAAAUCAAUAUGGCGGAAAAGUUGGUUGAUGUCGUUGUAAAAUUAAGACAACGUGGGACUAAUUAAGGCGGGACUUAACCUAAAAUUCUGAAAGAAAUUCGA